AUGAGUGAAGGUGAACCUAAGAAAAUUAAUUCAAUAACCAAAUCUCAGUGGCUUACAGUAUUAAUUUUAUGCUAUGUUAAUCUUAUUAACUACAUGGACCGAUACACUGUGGCAGGUAUUGGUGAAGCUAGUUAUUCAACAAUAGCACCUACAAUAAUUAGUGAUCUCUUUGUUAAAGACUUAAGAGCUAAAAUGCUUGCUUUGUUUUAUUUUGCCAUACCAGUCGGAAGCGGUUUAGGGUAUAUUGUCGGUUCAGAAACUGCUAGAAUGGCUGGUUCAUGGCAUUGGGCCUUAAGAGUUACACCAGUAAUGGGAUUGAUAGCUGUGAUUUUAAUUUGUUUUUUUGUAAAGGAUCCUGAAAGAGGAGAAAGCGAAGGACAAUCACAUUUAGCAGUCACUUCAUGGGGAGAAGAUAUUCGAAAUAUUAUUAGAAAUCGAAGUUUUAUGUUUUCAACCAUCGGCUUCAUGUGUGUGUCUUUUGUAACCGGAGCUCUUGCUUGGUGGGGCCCAGAUUUUAUAUAUCGAGGGGUCAAACUUCAACCGGGCAAUGAAAAUGUUCAACUUAAUGACAUUGCAUUCACAUUUGGAGUAAUAACAAUGAUUUCCGGUUUAGUUGGAGUGCCAUUGGGGCAAAUGUUAGCGUGCAAAAUUAAAAUAAAAUAUCCUAAAGCAGAUCCCUUAAUUUGCGGUUUUGGAUUAUUAUUCAGUGCGCCAUUAUUAUUUGCAGCCAGUUUAUUGCCAACAGUAAACACUUUUUGGUGUUUUUUUUUUAUUUUUUUCGGAGAACUUUCUUUGAACUUAAAUUGGUCUAUUGUCGCCGAUAUGUUACUGUACGUAAUAAUACCUACGAGAAGAUCAACAGCAGAAGCUUUUCAAAUAUUAGUUUCUCAUGCAUUUGGGGAUGCUGGAAGUCCGUAUUUUAUUGGUGCUCUCUCACGGUUAUCAACGGUCCUAAUGAAUAUGAAAAGACAUCAUUCAGCCGUGAAACGGAUUGUUUUGCCAACCAUCUUCGGUCAAGCCAUUCAUCAAGUAAUAAUACCGAUGUUGAAAAAUGGCGUAUUGUAUUACUCGCUACAAUAUUCUCUUUUCACUACUUCAUUUGUUGAAGUUAUUGGUGGAAUUUUCUUUUUGGUCACUGCUGCAUACAUAAUUAAAGAUAAAUUAACCGCAGAAAGAGAAGUUAGAGGUGAAAAGACUUACUAUCUGGAUAAAAUUUCAAAAAAAAAAGGAGAAAUGAUUAAAUUAGGAACUGAAAAUCAACUUACUGAUGAAAAACAAUUUACAAAAUCUUUUAUAGGUCAGUCAGUCAGUCAGUCAGUCAGUCAAUCAGUCAGAUAA